AUGAACGAACUGGUGGUGUUCGACUCGAACCACCAGAGGGCCAUCAACGACUGCGAGCUGGACUACUACAGCAAGAAACUGGCCACGUGCUCGAGCGACCACACGGUGAAGGUGUUCGAUGUGAGCCUUUCGAAGGAGCCCGUGUGCGUAGCAGAAAUGCGGGACCACAGCUCAGCCGUGUGGAAGGUAUGCUGGUCUCACCCCAAGUAUGGGAGCCUCCUAGCCAGCUGCUCCUACGACAAGAGUGUAAUCAUAUAUAAGGAAGUCCAUGUAAAUAAAUAUGAUAUAAUUUACCUGAACAACGAACACAACAGUAGCGUCAAUUACAUAGAAUGGUCUCCACAUGAAUAUGGCUUGCACCUGGGGUGCGCCUGCUCCGAUGGGCACAUCAGCAUCAUUUCGUACGAUUUGGCCAAAGGAUCAGCCGAAGGCCAAUGGAACAAGUACAGCGUGAAGGCGCACCUCAACGGAACGGCCUGCAUAAGUUGGGAGAAGACCCAUAAGAAUAAACACACAAAUGAAGGGACAGCAGCUACGGCAACAGGUACUUCACCCGCCGCUGUGGGAGAUCCUUCCAAUACAUUCCAACUAGCAUCAGGUGGCUUCGACAAUCAAGUGAUCAUAUGGGCGUUCGAUAAUAACACGAAGGAAUUUCAAAAGGUGCACCAAAUGAAGGACAAGCCACACAACUCUCCAAUUAAAGACAUCGCGUGGAGACCCAACCUGAAUAACUCCACCAACAUAAUCGCCUCAUGCUCAGAUGAAAAACUGGUAAUUCUAUGGGUAGAGGACAUAGGGAACAAUCAGUGGAGAAACGGGCAAGUCAUUAAGGUGAAGGAUAGCAUUAGUAAAGUGUGCUGGUCUCCCAAUGGCACCAUCCUGGCCAUUGCCUGCACAAAUGAAAAUGCCUAUUUGUAUAGAGAGGGGUUGGACGGCGUGUGGGAGGAGGUCUGCAAUUUGGCCGACAGUGAAAAGUGGGGGCGGUCACUACAGGAGGGGUAG